UCUUUUUCUCCCAAUGAGUACUUAAUAGUUAAUACAGGCAUGUUCCUCGCGGACGAUCAUCCCAAUUAUUUAACACAAGGAGAACUGGACUGGAGAUAGCGACCCCAACCGGGAAGGUCACAGGCACACGGAUCACCACCAUUUCAUCAUCACCGGCUCCACCGUCUUCACCGGCGCCGGCCACGCCUCCGUCCCCAUUGCCUCUUGCUCAGCUUCUCCGUCCCAGCUCCUGCUACCGCCAUCCAUGGAGGCGCCUCAGGCAGCAGCAAGCCAAGAAGAGCGGGACUACAAGUUCAUCUUGAAAGCCGUGGACGAAGCUUACCGGGCAGUUGAGUGCGACGGCGGGUACCCCUUCGGGGCAGUCAUCGUGCAUGGUGACGAAGAGGUGGUCAGCAGCCACAACUUGGUCCGGAAGGACACUGAUCCAUCGGCGCAUGCUGAAGUCGCCGCCAUAAGACAGGCUUGCAAGAAACUAGGGAAAAUCAACCUCUCCGACUGCGAAAUCUACACGUCCUGUGAGCCAUGCCCGAUGUGCUUGGGGCUCAUUCGCCUAUCCAAGAUAAAGAAGGUGGUGUAUGGAGCCAAGUCGGAGGUUGCUGCUGCUGCUGGGCUCAAUGGCAUCCUCCCAGAUGUCUUUAUAGAGUACUAUCAGAAAUCCGGCAUAGAGAUGGUGGAUGGUUGUCAGUUGUUACUUGUGGAAGCCAAAGGAAUGGUGCCAUUUCCAAGCUUUUGUUGCCUGUGGGACGUUCAGAUUUAGACAUUUCAUAUGCCUGGAGACCGGAAUAAAUUCCCUUUUUCUGAAAAAAAAUGCAUCACAUGGUUUGUUAUAUCAGUACGUUAUUUCUUUUUAACGUCAGCCUUGAGCUGUGUGACUCUGUAAUAAUAAUACACGAUGCUAUAUGAAAAAACUGGAAGGUUUUCUAUUUACUAAACAAAUGCAAACCCA